AUGUCAGACGGCCUGGAUGCUGAGGAAGAACAUAGAGAAAAUCUUCUACAUGAUGAGUUUGUUGACUGGACAUGCUAUGGCCUGAAAACGCGCGGAAUUCCUCAGAGUCGGGGUGACGAACCGCCGCCGAAGGCGGACGAGCCGGCCACCCGCUCUCCCGCCCUCCCGCCUCCAAGCGGGACGGCCGGCCGCCGCGGAGACCGGCUCUCCGGGCACCGGGAGGAAACGCGUCCGCGAAGCGGCGGCACAUCCCCGGCUGGAGCUCCCCUGCACCCGCAGCAGCACAAGCGCUCGCCCGGGGGCUUCCAGAGGCACUACCAGGGAUCACCCAGGACAUCUACUCCAUUUGGUACAGCGCAUGGCAGAGAGAAAAGAGUGUCUAAUGAUGUGGAAAACUAUUACAGACCUUCAAUGCUUGAGGACCCAUGGGCUGGCCUAGAGCCAGUUUCUGUUACAGACAUAAACCAACAAUACAGCAGUGAGCAAACAACAUAUACUGGUAAAAAAGGGAGGUAUUUCAGCUAACACUUUUAAAGGCCAAAUAACUCCAUCUUGUCAGGAAAACUUUGGGACAAAAUCUUUACACUUACACAAGAUGAACAGUAAUCAAGACCUUAGAUAAUGCUUUUAUUUGAUCACAUCCACCCUUUUAUCCUACUUUUUUUUUAUCGCAUUGGAUAUUUUUAUGUAUAGGAGGGAAAAGGAGUGGUAGGAAAACUUACAUUUCUGGCUACGUGGAAGUGCCUACCAGCUUUGAAGAACAAAGUGUUCUUUAAUCACCAGCGACUGAUUUGUGACUGUUAAAACAGGUUUCCAUAUAUUUACCUCUUCCAUGCCAGAUUGUUAGCCUUUUAUUGUAAACUCCUUUAGUAAAUGGUAUUUUUUUAUGUUUCAACAUUUUUAGAAUGAAGUAACUUGGAAAGAAAAUAAAGUUUUGUAAA